GCGAGUCAAGUCGCGACCCGCGCGGCGCUUAGCAGGGCGCUGGACCGCACGUACCGCCGCACGUACCGGCACCGCGCCGAGCGAGCCGAGGCACUGGUUGGCGUGCAGCGCGUUGUGACAGUGACAGUGUGACAGUGGGACUGAGCGACGUCACCGGCCGCCUCCCGCCACCGCCAGCAGUCGGCCAAGAGCAGCACGCCUCCACCAUGUCCGCCGCCCGCCUCGCGCCGCUGCUGCUCCUGCUGCUGCAGUGCCUCGCGGACGUCGGCGUCCUCGGGCAGCGGCGCUACUCCAAGUUCGGCGUGCCGCAGAUCUACCAGCGCGUGUCCAGCGACGACGACGCCAUCGUGUUCCCGGGCGAGGCGAGCAGUGCCUUCCAGUCGCUGUACGAGGAGACGGUGGGCUACCAGGGCCCCGGCAUCGACCGCUUCAGGCUGGCCGCCGAGGCGCUCUUCAGCAUCGCCGUGCGCCUGCAGGGCCUGCUGGAGGACCCCAACAGCCUCACCAACGGCCCCCGAGGCAACUUCUUGGUGUCGCCGCUGUCCGUGACGUCCGCCCUGGGGCAGCUGGCGAUGGGGUCGCGCGGGGAGAGCCACCGGCAGCUGGGGGAGCUGCUGUCCCUGCCGGGCCGCGCGGGCCAGGCCAACCGGAAGCGCUCCGUCAUGCAGCUACACCUGCAGAUGGGCGGCCUGCUCGAAAUCCUGCGCUCCGACUCCAGCGCCUUCCAAAUGCACACGGCCUCCGCCUUCUUCGUGGCGCCUAACCUGCGCCUCUUCCCGCGCUUCAAGAGGGAGGUCAACGAGCUGUACGGCACGCAGGUCAUCAGCACCAACUUCGGGGACCCCGUCAACGCCAUGCGCCGCAUCAACACCUGGGUGUCGCAGCAAACGCACGGCCGCAUCCCCCGCGCCCUGGCCGCGCCGCUGCCCGUGUCCACCGCCGUCGUGUUGUCCAACUCCAUCUACAUGAAGGCGGCCUGGCGGUUCCCCUUCUCGCGCGAGCUCACCAAGGUGGGCCCGUUCAGGCUGUCGCUGACGCAGCAGGUGCAGGUGCCGUUCAUGCGGGGGCAGUUCAACCUGGGGCUGGCGGACAACCCGCGUCUGCGCAUCCGCGUGCUGCACAUGCCGUACAAGCGCAGCGACGUCGGCUUCUACAUCAUCCUGCCCUACGACAUCAAGUACGAGGAGUACGACAUCCACAACGUCACGUCCCACCUCACGGUCCGCGACAUGGUGGAGACGCUGAGCACCAUGAAGCAGCAGCAGGUGACGGUGGCCGUGCCCAGGAUGAGCUUGAAGGAGACGUUCUCCGUCAAGGAGCCUCUGCGUCGCUUCCAGGCGCAGUUCAACGGGCACCCCGACAGCGUCCUGGCCAACCGCAUCCGGACGGCGCGCGCGGCCACUCGCAAGGUGGAGAUGAACGGCUGCAGCUGCACCUGCCCGGCGGCCAAGCCCGCGGCGCCCGAGAACCCCUUCGUCGGCACCCGCGGCGGCUUCCCGGCCGCCAUCGGCAACCGCAACGGCUUCCCCAAGGAGGGCCUCGUCGCGGCCGCCACGGGCAACCCGGGCAGCAGCGACGACCCCCUCAUCUUCAACAUGACCAACGCCUCCAACGACCCGCGCUUCCGCAUCCAGGACAUCGUGCACCAGAUGUUCCUGGAGGUGAACGAGGAGGGCACCGAGGCGGCCGCCGCCACCACCGGCACGGUGGACUACGCGGCUGGCACCGUGUUCCGCGUGGACCGACCCUUCACGCUCUUCGUGCGCCACGAGACGACGCUGGCCACGCUCUUCUGGGGCAGCAUCGUCAACCCCGCGGCCUGAGCGCCAUGAGCGCCGAGGCGGGGCGCCGUGAAGCAGGCAACCCAACGCACACCGCGCGCACACUGCGGUAGGAUGGGUUGCCUACUCCCGCGGCGCCGAGCCUCUGACUUUCACUGUGUACGUGUAUUUAUUUAUUCCGACUCUCUCAAAUGUUCGACGGCGCGUCGCGAGGGGACCGCUUGUUCGAGUCUGGCCCAAUCUUUGACGACCAAAGAUUGCAUGGCGGUGCCGUAAUGCUGUGAGCGCUGGGGCGCGGAUGGAGCUCUGCAUCACGCCGAAGGGGAUUCACCCCGAAGGGGAUUCUCUCCGAAGGAGAUGCAGGCCUCUAGGCGCGGAUAAGUUGACGGUUUCCGUCAGUUCCUGUCUGUAGAACGACUAGGUUAAGUUUUCAGUGGCUGUGUCUUUAGCGUGUAAGUAAUAGCGAAUGAUAUUUCGUACUCUAUAGUCUUAAGUAAAUGUCUUUGUAUAAAAAAAUGUUAGCUCGUUGUUUCAGAAAUAAAAUAUGUUAAAGUGA